AUGCCACUAUUGCUCAGAGAUUGGAAGCCAGGAUUUAGUUUGAAGGAGGAUAUGUUACGAACACUGCCGAUUUGGGUGAAGCUUCCACUCCUACGUCUCUAUCAAUGGGGAGUGAGGAGUUUAAACAAGAUAGGAAGUGCUUUGGGAAAUCCUUUGGUUACUGAUGAAUGCAUUGCAAGUAAAGCUCGGGUCUCCUAUGCUCGUAUAUUAGUCGAGGUGGAUGUCACACAAGAAUUAAAGAACAUGGUUACCAUCAAAGAUGCUGAAGGUAGAAAACUAAAGCAGUCGGUAGAAUAUGAAUGGAAACCACUCUUCUGUGGUAAAUGCCAGACGUUUGGUCACAUUUGCAAGGAGAAAUGGCAACCUAAGGCUCCUGCCCCUGAAGAGAAGAAGAAGCCAUUAACUGAAACAGAUGUAGCUUUUAAUGAUGUGCCAGAGACUGAGGAGGAAACACCUAUGACUGACAAAGAAGACAUUAGAAUUAAAGAAUCAGGAAAGGAGUGGGAAACUGUUCUAAGUGGAAGACAUAGAGGAUUAUGCUUCCUGAUAGUUGCUUGGAAUGUUCGUGGGUUAAAUAAAGCUGGAAAGCUUAGAGAGGUUAGCUCUUGCCUCAAAGAUAUUAGACCUAGAAUCACUAUUCUGUUGGAAACUAGAGUUAAGGAGAAUAAGGCAAAGGAUAUCAGACAGCAGCUUCUUGCAGGAGGUAUGUUUGUUGAUAACUAUGCUAAUCAUUAUAAUGGUAGAAUAUGGAUAAACUGGGAUAACAAUAGAAUUGAUCUGCAAGUUAGGUAUAGUACAAAUCAAUUACUUCACUGUGUUUUGUAUGAUUUAAAGGGUGACUUUCUCUAUUGGAUCACUGCCAUAUGUGUUGCUAAUAAUAUAGAUGAGAGACGUAGAUGA